AUGCCCUGCACCAAGGCCAUUGUUGCUGUCACUGACAUGACAAUCACAGUUGCUUGCAGUACUCAGCACUCAUUAAGUGUUCCUGCUUCUCACUGCUUGAUCCAUGAGGGAUGCGUGGUGGAGCUGCAAGUCCUGGUUCAGCAACAGGACAGAGAUGAAUACACGUUGUUUUACAGAUGCCUUAAAAGUAAGUUGAAUGGGAAGAACUGGUGUGGAAGAAUCCCAUGGCAGGAUCCAAAAGCUGCCAACAUGUCAAAAGCUGUAGAAUCUGAGCCCAAUGCAGCACCUCUCUUCAAUCCCAGUGGCCAAAGAAAUCCAUUCAGAGUAAUAGAUAAGAAUUGUGAACAAUCGUCCUGGAAACAAGUUAAGCAAAGAACUGGUGAGGAAAGUAAAGCAGAAGGCGUAGAAGCAGAGACAGAGAGCGUGCUGGUGUCACAUAAAGAAAAGAAAUCAACCUCCAAUUCCUCCAUAGAGAAAGAACCUCUAGAAGGACUGAAAACAAAAAAGAAGCAGUCCACAGUAGAUAGAAGUGAUCCAGAACUUAAAGAAAGCAUAGUGUCUGAAUCUAAGGUUGGCUCUUCUGAGACUUGGAAAGGGAAGAACGCCCUUUGGGAGGAAGAGAAAUAUAGUGGCAGGGAAUCCAAGUCUUCUCAGUGUGUGGAAGAAGAGCCAGACGGGAGAUCAAAGCUCUUUCCACUUAUUCUUGGAAAGCAAAGUGCAAGUACCAAGCCUCCAGAGGAGCAGCUCAGAGAGAAAAGCUUAAAAAAACGUGGAGAUGAAGAAACCAGAGAGAAAGAAGAUGUUAGUGGGAAGAAUGGAGAAACAAAACCAGUGUCUAAAGAAGAGGCCAUUUUCCCAGCAGCACCACAAUCGCAACGUGCUGCCCCAAAGGGAGGAGCAGAGGCAGAGCUACCCAAGAUACAGAUCAGACCAGGGCUGGGACAGCCUGCUGAUGAAAUUUCUGCCUCUGACAGUGAUGAAGUAGAAUUUGCUUGUUCCUCAUCAGGUAAAAGUAAACCUGAGAAAUCAGUUGAGGGUUUGCAGUCAAGAGACAUCCCUUCAGGAAAAUCAGGAAAGAGUAGGCAGGGGACAUCUUUGCCACAAGCUGCAGCAUCACAGUGUGUGGAAGGACUCCAGGACCCAAAAGCUCUUCACAACCAUCUUGUAGUUCAGCUGAGGCAGAAGAAGAGUACUUUGGCUACAGUGAACAUUCAGCUGCUGCCAGAUAAAGGGGAACGGUUAUUAAAGCAAGUGCAGGAUUUAGAAGCUGCUCUCAGUGCUCUGAACAUUUCAACAGUAGAUACUACUGAAAAAGGGGCGGAUAGCACAAGCAGCAGCUGCCCUAGGAAGUCUUUGCCUGACCCAUUUAGCAGGCCAGAUGGUACAAAGCUGACAACGGCCCUGCCGUUCCAGGGUCCUACAGCAGGGACCUCUUCAGGCUCACACAGUCACCCCUCUGCUGCUGCUGCUGCUUUGGGUUCCAGUGAAUAUUAUGGCCACAUGUUUGGAAUGAACUCUGGUGUGCAGAAUCUAUAUGGAGGAAGAAUGACAGAAGACCGAAUCAGGGCUGUACACAGUGCCAUAAGUGAGGCUAUUAAUAAUCUUCAUAAAUCUCUGGAAUCCUGUCCACCAAAGCAGACAGCAGCUGAAGAUCCCUCUGGAUUGAAGGUUCCGCUGCUGCUGCACCAAAAGCAGGCGCUUGCCUGGCUACUCUGGAGAGAGAGUCAGAGGCCAUGUGGAGGAAUUCUGGCGGAUGACAUGGGCUUGGGGAAGACUCUGACGAUGAUUGCUCUCAUUCUGGCUCAGAAGCAGCUGAAGACAGAGAAAAGAAAGGAGACAUUACAAAUAUGGCUAUCCAAAACUGAUUCUGCUGUUAUCCCUUCCCAUAGCACUUUAGUAAUUUGUCCUGCGUCAUUGAUCCAUCAGUGGAAGAAAGAGAUUGACAGACAUGUGGGCUAUGGCAAACUGAAGGUGUAUUUGUACCACGGGCCAAGCCGAGAUAAACAUGCAGAAACGCUCUCUGAAUAUGAUGUUGUUGUCACAACCUACAGCCUUCUCACCAAGGAAAUCUGGGUCAACAUGAUCACUAAUGUCACUUUAAAGUACCAGAAGCCUGUCAUGAGCUGGUCAUCUCCUUGUUCCCCUCUGCUCAGGGUAGCUUGGGCUCGAGUUAUACUGGAUGAAGCUCACAACGUUAAAAACCCAAGGGUUCAAACCUCUAUAGCUGUGUGCAAACUGAGAGCCAAUGCCAGAUGGGCUGUCACUGGGACACCAAUACAGAACAACUUACUGGACAUGUACUCUCUCCUAAGGUUUCUACGUUGCUCUCCUUUUGAUGAAUACAAAGUGUGGAAGUAUCAGGUAGAUAACAACUCAAAGAAGGGAGGAGAGAGGCUAAGCCUCUUAACCAGGAGCCUCUUACUACGGAGAACUAAGGACCAGCUGGAUUCAUCUGGCAAGCCCUUGGUAUCUCUGCCCCAGCGUAGCACACAGGUGCAUCAGUUGAAACUUUCAGCAGAGGAGCAGUCUGUGUACAAUGUGCUCUUUGCAAGAUCCAGAGCAACACUACAAUCCUACCUAAAGAGACAAGAGGAGAAAAAUGAAGGCAGAGAGUGUGCUGAUGGUAACCCAUUUGAGAAAGUUGCACAAGAGUUUGGGGUCAGUCAAAAGGAAUUUCUAGCAGGCUCCCAAACUGCCUCCCAAGUUUCAAGCACUGUCCAUGUCUUGUCCAUGCUGUUGAGGCUCCGUCAGUGCUGCUGCCAUCUCUCCUUACUGAAAGUGGCUCUGGACCAAGUGAACUUGAACAAUGAAGGGCUUUCUCUCUCCGUUGAGGAACAACUUAGUGCUUUGACCCUGUCUGAGCUCCAGACUCCUGAUUCCAAGUCAACAGUCUACCUCAAUGGCACAGCUUUUGAAACAGAUAUAUUUGAAGUCACCAGGGAGAGCACCAAGAUAGCUCACCUCUUGGCUGAACUGAAGACUAUUCAGAGUCACUCAGAGUCUCAAAAAAGUGUUAUUGUGUCUCAGUGGACGAGUAUGUUGAAAGUUGUGGCUGUGCACCUCCAGCGACUAGGGCUGAAGUAUGCGACAGUGGAUGGCUCUGUCAAUCCUAAACAGAGAAUGGAUGUGGUAGAAGAGUUCAACAACAACCCCAAAGGGCCUCAGGUAAUGUUGGUCUCAUUGCUGGCUGGAGGUGUUGGCCUGAACUUGACUGGAGGAAACCACCUAUUUCUUCUUGACAUCCACUGGAAUCCUGCUCUCGAGGAGCAGGCGUCUGACCGCAUUUACCGAGUGGGGCAGCAGAAGGAUGUUGUGAUACACAGGUUUGUCUGCGAAGGAACGGUAGAAGAAAAGAUUGUACAACUCCAAAGAAGGAAGAAAGUUCUUGCCCAGCAGGUGCUGUCAGGCAAAGGGGAGACCUUCACUAAGCUCACCCUGGCUGACCUCAAAGUUAUCUUUGGCAUAUAA